CCAGGAAAUAAGCCUUUCUCGAAUAUGCACAGAUGUUUUCAUGUUUUAAAGAAUAAAUAUUGUGUUCAACGCAAUGUUUUCAUUAGCUUACAUAUGCUUGUUUGAAACAUUGGAAUGCACUUAAGUCAGGAGUCAUGUCAAAAAACAAUUUUAACGGAAAACAUGCAGCCGUUAACUGCAAAAAUAAUGGGGAACUGUGUGAUGAGGCACCUGGUCGGUUCCCGAAGGACCCACUUAGCAAGCGACAUAUCAGUGAAGAGACCCCCUCCCCAGAAAGUGAUGAAGAUACUCUGGCUGAGACUCUGGCAGACCGAGCUUCCACUACCAGCUCUGGGUCCUUAACGCGGCUCGAAGCUGACCGGGCCAACAAGGAUACAUCCUCCCAAGUGGACUACUGGGAAGUGAAGGUGGUGAAGGAGGAGGAUUGUGAAUCGUUAAUCCAGUCGUCUUCACCGAUGCCCAUCCAACAUGAGGCUGAAGAGGCACCGCUGGAGGUCCAUGUGAAGACUGAAGAGUACCUGGAAGAAGGGGGUGACAGCACACUGGAGAGUGAAGAUGAUGAGUUGUCAGAUGACCAGAACUCCUCCGCCUCUUUAGACAUCAAAGUGGAACUGCUGCACGAACAAGAUGGAGAAUCAGACAUGGAUCCAGUCCUGAACUCCUCUGAGAUGAACCAUCCUCCUCCAGAUCUACCCAAAACUAGGAAACGCUCUGGAGCACAGCCCCACCGUGCAGGAGAGACAUCCUACUCCUGUCAACACUGCGGGAAAACCUUCGCACACGUAAAACACCUCCGCCGACACCAGCUCAUCCACACCGGCGAUAAACCUCACGCGUGCAGACAGUGCGGGAAAGCUUUCACGCGGGCGGAGCACCUCAGGGAACACCAGCGCGUUCACACAGGGGAGAAACCAUACCAGUGUCCAGACUGUGAGAAAACCUUCACACACGUCAGAAGUCUCCACCGACAUCAGGUGGUCCACACCGAAAUGCCCCACCAGUGUAGAAGGUGCGGAGAGUGCUUUUCACUGGCGGAAGACCUCCGACUACACCAGAACACUCACAGAGAAGAGCUGCUCUUCCACUGUAUGCAGUGUGAAGACCGCUUUUCGCAGGCAGAAGAUCUCCGACGACACCAGCGCAUUCACACAGGUGAAGCUGAACCCCCCACAAAGCAGACCUCCUCCUCAUCUGCAGACAUCAAUGCUGAAUUGCGGCAGGAACAAGAUGCAGAGUCGGACACGGCUCUAGUCUUGAGCUAUGAAAUGUACCAUUCCCCUCCAUCAGAGCCACCAAAAACUGCGUCGUUUUCAUCUGCCAUCCCCGCAUCCUCGGCCACCCCAGAGAAGGUGACGCAGACGCCGAAAUAUUGCUGCUCCGUUUGCGGCGACAGUUUCCGGAACAAGGGAUGCCUGACGAAACACGAGUCCCUUCACAAGAGAGAGAAGCCACACCAUUGUGCUCAGUGCGGUAAGAUGUUCCUGAACGCGGCGAGUCUCCAACAGCACCAGGUCACUCACGCCGGAGAACAGCAGCCCCACCAGUGUGAACUCUGCGGGGAGAAAUUCGCGCAGGCAGGAGACCUCCGCCUGCACCAGAGCACUCACGUAGGAGAGACGCCUUACCGCUGUCAACAAUGCGGGAAGAUGUUCACACGCGCGAAACAUCUCCGGCAGCACCAGCACAGUCACGCUGCGGAAAAGACCCACCACCCGUGCGGACAGUGCGGAGAAGCGUUCGCACGGGAAGAGCACCUCAGGGAACACCAGCGCGUUCACACAGGGGAGAAACCAUACCAUUGCCAACAGUGUGGCGAGCGCUUUUCACAGGCCGAAGAUCUCCGGCUCCACCAGCACAUGCACACGGAAGGGAGGCUCUACCACUGUCACCUGUGCGGGAAGAUGUUCACGCAUCCGCAGAGCCUCCAGCAGCACGAGCUCACGCACACUGUGGAGAUGCAAUACCGCUGCCAGAGGUGCGGCGAGAGCUUUUCGCAGCCCGAAGAUCUCGGCCUGCACCAGAAAACGCACACGGAGGAGAAGGUCUACACCUGUGAGGCGUGUGGGAAAGUGUUCAAGCACAAGAGGAACUUUCAGGAGCACCAGGUCAUCCACACAGGGGUGAAGCCUUUCGAGUGUGCAGAGUGUGGGAAGAGGUUUGCGUUGGAGAAAUACCUCAGGUCACACGAGCGUGUUCACACAGGAGAGAAGCCCUACGACUGCAAACUGUGUUGGAGGAGUUUUUCACACGCGGCCAGUCUCAGCCGGCACCAAAUUGUUCACGAAGGUGAGUAG